AGAUAUACCUAUGUAAAAAGCCCUUGAAUAUGAACACCCAAACGAGAAGGGAAAAAAAAAAAAUGGACAGCCCUGGAAAUAAUAACUGGCCGGCGGGUCGGGAGCUCUUCUUAUAGUACUUUGGGGUCCAGUCUUAUGUGCCCAACCUGAAGGGAAAAAAAUGGCCUGAGGACGAGUUUGUUGUUGAGAAAGAGGAAAAAAAAAUUUGUUGAAAUCGCGCGAGCAUAUUUCAUUUUUUUAAAAAAGAGAAACGAGAGGAAGGAAGGAAAAAAACAAAUGACUAAGAUGGACGGUGAUAUUUGGACUGCGUGAGCGUGUGCCGUCUCCUACCUUAAAUUUGAACUCAUUAUUUUGCGUUAGUUUUUUUUCCCUCCCUUUUUCCUGUUUGUUGUCACAGCUGAACGGGUGCACAUAUUUCUAUCGAUUUAUUUUUAUUUAUUUAUUUAUUAUUAUGAUUGUUUUUUUAAAGGGAAAGAAAAGAAAAAAAAAAUGCAGAAAUUUAGAACAAGGAAAGAGUUGUGUGACUUGUCAAAAGCUUUUCUCGAAAUAGUUUCGGAAAUGAGCCGACUAUUAUUUUUCCUCUUCCCCUCGUUUUUUUUGUUUUUUGGGUAGCACUAGUAGUGGAAGAAGAAGAAAAAAGGAAGAAACAAGUUGGGAACGCUCAGGUGCGAGUUCCUCUUGAAAAAAAAAAGAAAAACGAAAGAAGGACAGGUAAGACGAGAGUUGCUGCUGCUCUGCUGGAGGGGAAUUUAAAAAGAUAGGGGAAAUCGAAAAGAGAGAGAGAGAGAGACUAGAUAGGUGGAGGUGGUAAGGUAGAAUCGAGAAAGAAAGAGAGAGGUAAAAAAGGAAGGUGGGAGGGACCUUGACGAAAGGUAAGAAGAAACACACGCGCCUAUAUUCAGUCGAAAGGCAACCGCCGUGGUGAUAGCAUCGCCGCUACAUCAACAUUUAAUUUAUUUUAUUUUUAUUUUUUUUUUGUGUGUUUCCUUCUUCUUCUUCUUCGCUUCAUUCACACAAAAACAACGAAAAAUAAAAAAAGGUUGUUGUAAUCAAUCGAAGCCAAAGUGUUAAAAAAAAACAACCCCCCAAACGGAUAUUACUUGAUCGUUUUGUUUCGGCUCCAUUUGGAUAGCGUGUUCACGUGUAACGAUGCCGGAUGAACGCUCGUCCGUUCUUCGGCUGAUCAAGCAAAGUGUGCAAGUGUAGUAGCCUCAAAUAAAAAGCGUGUGGAAAAUCAAUAAAUAGGUUUGUUUCGUAUUUCUCAAAGUGUUCAAAUAUCAAAUGGAAGUGACGACGAAUGCAAAGUGCGCCAACGGCGGAUUGGCGGGCGGCAGCGCUGCCGUCGUCGCUAAAGUAUCGACCGUUUCGCCAGCGGAAGACGGUUCGUCGGCUUCCGGUGCGAGCCACAGGAAAGAUGGCGGCACUAGCGGAGGAACGCUGCUGCAGAUGCACAAACCUCUUGCCCACCUGUUGGCGCACCGUCAGUGGUGGAAAGUCUGUUGGGUCUACGGCGAUCAGCAGAAAUAUUACAGACAAUUGUACGGCCGCAAAAAGAAUUUGACGACGCUCAGGUCGACUGUGACGCAAGCGACCCAUUCGCCGUCUUCGUCGUGUUGUAACGACGACAAUCAGCACAGCGAUGCCGGCGGUGUUGACGACGACGACGCCGCCCUCAGUUCGUCCUCGUUUAACACUGCGCCGUGUUUCCACACUUCGGAAAAAGUGUGUCGUAACUGCAAAUGUCCGCGAGAAGAUCAUCAAGAACAACGUGCGUAUCCAGCUGGAGGCACGGUUGCAAACGGCUACAAUCCACCGCCGCAACAUCAGCAACAGCGGCCCGGUUACGCGCCGUACCAGCAACCGUCGCCGCAAUCGUUGACGUCGCAAUCGUCCGAAACGGCGCAACUGCUGGCCAAUUCGUCGUCGGACAAGCUGGUGGUGGGCCGAGGAGCCUCUGGCUUGUUUCAUCCGCUGCCGUCAUCAUCAUCAUCAUCGCAGCAGCAGCACAAUCACGCGCACGCUGGCCAUCUUCAUCCUCCUCAUUCCCAUCAUCAUCAUCAGCUGGGUGGUCUGGCCACAGACGUUUUGCGACACUCCCAAUCGGACGACGAUUCGGGUUGCGCUCUCGAGGAGUACACGUGGGUUCCACCCGGAUUGAAACCCGACCAGGUUCAUUUGUAUUUCUCUGUGCUGCCGGAAGAGAAAGUGCCCUACGUCAACUCAAUUGGCGAAAAAUACCGCAUUCGCCAGCUGCUCCACCAACUUCCGCCGCACGAUAAUGAGGUGCGCUAUUGUUCUUCGCUCUCCGAGGACGAGAAGAAAGAAUUGCGGCUCUUCUCGGCCCAGCGAAAGCGCGAGGCUCUCGGACGGGGCACCGUUCGCCAACUACCUGUCGCCAAUCCUUUGCCCACCUCUUGCCAUCAGUGCACAGAAUCGAUGGGCGGCGGUGAUAUGGCCGUCAUGGCUUCCAGGGCCGGACCAGCCCAUUGUUGGCAUCCGGGCUGUUUCUCAUGCAGCGUUUGCCGCGAAUUGCUCGUCGAUUUGAUCUACUUUUAUCGCGACGGUCGUCUCUUUUGUGGACGACAUCACGCGGAAACUUUGAAACCUCGUUGCGCUGCUUGCGAUGAGCUCAUCUUGGCGGACGAGUGCACGGAAGCGGAAGGCCGGGCCUGGCAUAUGCGCCAUUUUGCCUGCUUUGAAUGCGACAGAGUUUUGGGCGGUCAGCGUUACAUCAUGCGUGAUUCACGGCCGUAUUGCCUUCACUGUUUCGACGCUAUCUUUUCCGAGUAUUGCGAUGCCUGCGGCGAACCAAUCGGAGUCGAUCAAGGUCAAAUGACUCACGAAGGCCAGCACUGGCAUGCGACGGAUGGCUGUUUCUGUUGCCACACGUGCCGGACGUCACUGCUGGGCAGGCCGUUCUUGCCUCGUCGAGGGCUCAUCUUUUGCUCGAUUGGGUGCAGUAAAGGAGAGCCACCCACGCCGAGCACAGACUCGAACGCACACACGCCCACGCACAGCAACAACAGCAGCAACAGCAACAGUUUGAUGCAUCAUCAUCACCAGUCCGGCGUAAGCGGCUCGAGUCCGUCCUUGCUUCCGUCCAUCGGCUCGCCUUCGUCGUCCGCCUCCCGCAGUCCGAGACGAAUCAGGUCUGGCAAGACCCAACAGCACCAGCAACAGCGAUGGCGUGGCCGAAAUGGUAAUCAAGAUGACGCUAAUUCGGAGACGACUGAAGUAUCGGACUAUUCCAGUCAGCAGCAAAUACUGUCGCCAACAUCGCCAGCGAACCCCAACCUGGGCCUACCACCGGCACCGCCACGUAGCGUAACCAGCACGGUCGGCGCUGGAUCUGAGUUCAAUUCUCCAUCGCCCAACCAAGUGCGACGCUCGAAAAGGCAGCCCAUGGCGGAUUUGUCGAGCCUCGCAGCAUCUAGCUGCAAUGGCACCACCAGUCCAGUGCCUUUGCCCAUGUCGAGCGUCGGCAUCGCUCACCGAGGGGUGGUCGACUUGCGCCAGCACGUCUCGGCGCCCGAAGUGGCGCCAUCCGCCGCAGCCAUCCCGCAAAUGAAUUUGCAGCAGCAGCAGCAGCAGCAGAUUGUUUCUGCUGGCAAUUCGCCCACUCACGUUUACAGAUCUCCGCGAAUGGGCCGAAAGAGCCUGCGCCCCUAUCAAACAGCACAGCAGCAGCCAGCCCCUCCGCUCUACGAGAAUCAUCCGCCCUUGGAAAACCUUUCGCUCGACGACUCGCCACGCUAUCGAUCCGAAACGAUGACGUAUUCAGUCCUCCCCAUCGCUAGCCCUGAGCAGCAGCAGGUGGAGCCGAAAUCAAGCGAAACACCCCGCCAGGAGGUGCAAACGGAAAAUGCGGUCGUGGCGCCUGCGAACGCUCAAUCUCCGCCCGAACAGGCGACAACCACCGAUGCUGCGGUUUUGAAUUUGGAACAGCUUUUGAGCAAAGUGGCUGCAGGUGGGGCGGGGCCCUUAUUGACCAAGCAGGUGCUCGAUAAGUUAUUGGAAGCCGCAGCUGCGGCCAAUUUGAUCCAGCCGCAGCAACAGCCGCAGCAGCAACAGACGGGUUUGCGGCGCAGCCCCGACUCGCAUUCGACGUCUCUUCCGGACUUGACGUCUCAAACUGAACCGGACGGUAAUACUCAAACCGGAUCAAACGAUGACGAAGACGACGGAAGUCCGGCAGAUGCAAAUUCGCCGGUGGGCGAAGGCUGCACGCCCAGAAAAUCCAAUUUGAUGAGUGGGCGGAGUAAGAAUGGUGGGGCGGAUUCCAGACAACUGAGCGUCAGAUUUGAUCCCAACCAAGUACCUAUGAUCGACGGAGCAUCAGGCGGUGGAAGAACUCCUGAAGGAGACACUAGCAGUAGUAGCAGUAGCGGUGGCUGCCGUAAAACCAACGAUCAUCACCAUCCUUCGUCGUGCUCAUCAUCUUUUUCAUUCAAGAGUGGUGGCCGUCGAAAACAACAAGUUCAACAACAAAAUGCCAAUGUUCCACGCUCUCAUUCUUAUUCCGGUCGCAGUGCUCUGGAAGAGGCGAUGGAUAGUGGCACUUCCAGUUUUGGAAGCCGAGCUGAGGCUGGGCCCAGCAGUGGACGGACUGUCAACAGACACCGCCCGAUUAACGACAUGGAUAUGGUGAGCGUCUGCUCCACCUGCUCGAGCUCGAGCAGCGAUGAGGAAGAAGACUAUUCAUCUUAUCGUUUACCUGCGGCGCGUCGUGCGGCUUACGGUGGCGUGCGCAUCAGCUACGUGCCCAAUGACGCCAUGGCAUUAGCUUCAGCCCGCCAGCGGUCUCAAACCCUUCAAUCUUCAUCGGCAGGACAAUCAUCGAGAACCGCCUCCAACGCUGGAGGCGACAAAGAAAAGGACAAGAAUUGCAUCAUAUCUUAACGGAUACAUAGAGUACACAACUCACUUAAUAUUAUACUCAGUGAAAGGAAAAGGUCAAUCGAUGCUGUCUCGUAACAAAAGAUGCAUGUCUGUUUGCCUUAUCAUAUAAUACCCCCGAUAGAAUAACGCUAACGAACAAUUUCAGUUAUGUUUUCUUGGUACCGUUAAAUGGUGAGAACCCCCCCACCCCCCUCCCCGUAAAAAAAAGAGGACUUGUGGAGAAGACAAAUGUUGACGACGUACUGCUGUCGUAUUUUUCGCUGACAAACGAACGACGACAAAGCAAAUGUGGUUUGCUUGAAUGACGUCAACUCCUCCAACAACACACCAACUGUUUGUUCUCGUGCAAUAAUAGGAUUUCUUAUUUUAUGCAAAUGUUUAAUAAUUAUUUAUAUAUAAAUAUGUAUAUUGUCAAUAUAUACAGUAUAUCAAACGAG